AUGGCUGAACAACCGUCUAAUAGUCAGGACGGAAACGCGCUGGGUAUCUCCCCUUACUGCGCGCAUUCCCCUUCAUUGAAAAGUCUUAUCGUGUUCAUUGUUUCGGUUGCUGCUACAUUCUCAGGGUUUGCCACAAAUAUCUACUUUCCUGUCAUUUCAACCAUCGCAGUUGAUCUACUAGUAUCAAUAGAUUUGAUCAACUAUUCCGUUACAGCUUAUCUCGUUUUCCAGGCGAUCAUUCCUUUCAUUUGGGGUACCUUGUCAGAUUAUAAGGGACGCCGAAUAGCAUAUCUAUCAAGCUUCUUUAUUUUUACGAGUGCGUGCGUUGGCCUCGCAAGGACCAGCAACUACCCCCAGCUUAUGGUCUUACGAUGCCUUCAAAGCAUAGGAAGUGCAAGCACCAUAGUUGUCGGCACCGGCGUUCUUGGAGAUAUAACGACGAGAGAAGAACGGGGAGGCUAUAUGGGCUUCUUCCAGGCAGGGCAAAUGUUACCACUGGCACUUGGACCAAUCCUCGGGGGAGUAUUCGCUGAUACGCUUGGCUGGAGAUCCACAUUUUGGUUUCUCGCUAUCUACUCUGGGCCAUUCAUUUUUUGUCUUGGUCUCCUUCUCCCAGAGACUUUACGAUCAUUGGUUGGAAACGGCUCUAUCCAGGCCAGGGGUAUCUCAAAAUGCUCCCUGAUGUAUUUUCAGCCUCAACGAGUAGUGCAAGACUCGCGGCAAGACCCUGUACAGACGCAUCCAAUGGUAAUACCCAAUACCGAGCAAAGCUUCAGCUUCUUUAAUCCCAUACGUAUCCUUCUUGGCCUUGAAAUCACCUUCGCCAUCAUCUUCGUCUCCAUCUGUUACGCACUGUGGCAAAUGACCCUCACCGCGCAGUCCACCCUUCUCAAACAAACUUACAAUCUCAACAAUACCCAGCUGGGACUAACUUAUGUUGCAAACGGCGUAGGUUGCAUGAUAAGCACCGCAUCAACAGGGCGACUCUUGGACAUCGAUUACAAACGCAUCAAAGGCAAUUACACUGGACCGGCAGCCAGCUUCCCACUGGAGCGAGCUAGGCUUCGCACUGCUUGGCUUUGGGCUGGUCUGCAAAUCGCCUUCAUACUUAUCUUUGGCUGGACGCUGGACAAGAACGCCCAUAUCUCCAUCCCUAUCAUCAGUACCCUUGUCGUAGGAUGGACCACAACGUCGAUCCAAUGCCUGGUGUUUACGUUUUUGGUGGAUGUUUAUCCUGAACAGGCCGCUACGGCCGCAGCAUCCCUGAACCUGGUUAGGUGUCUACUUGGGGGUGGAGGAGUGGCGGCUGGUAUUCGGGUGGUGGGGAUUGGGUGGACGUUUACACUUUUGAUCGGGAUUCUGCUUUUGGGCUUGGGCUGUUUAGGCAUGCAAUUCGUAUAUGGAUCGAGGUGGAGGCGGAAGAUAAUAGGGCGGGCUACAAAUAAUCACGUUGAUGAGUUGUAA